AUAAGGCAAUUCUUACAAAUGCGAUGUUGGUUUGUUUUAUUUUCAAACUUAGGGCUGGGUUUAACUUCGCUGCGGUGACUGCUUCUGCUGCAGCUCCGGCCUCUUCUGUUUUGGAAGCCCCAGCCACGCCAGCAAAGGAGCCGAACCAUCCCGAAGCCUUUUCCCUCGGAGUAGGAACGAAAUUUGCCUCCGUCCCGGAGUCCCCCUUCACUUUUGGGGGUGCCAAGACCCCCAGUCUUUCUGCCUUCGGGAGAGCCAGCCCCGGAGACCCCACUGGCCUUAGCAGCAAUGGACAAGUGGCUGAGGCUUCCCUUCCCUUCGCAAACGCCCCCAAGCUGGAGACCCUUCCCCUCAAAGCAGGUGACCCGGCGAUCCAGGCCUCGGCAGCCGGAGAGACAUUGGGCAGCUUCUCCGGUCUGAGGGUCGGCCAAGCCGACGAGAACGCCAAGGCCGCUCCGGCUAAGGGUCCCUCCGUCGACACAGUCACCGCGCCACAGCCGCCUGGAUUCUCGGCCGGAAACACUCCGUCGGCGAACAAGCCCGCAGAGGCCAUCCCCACCACCUUGGCCACGACAACGGCCGGUCCAGCGACCGGUGGAAUCUUCGGCAAUGUCCAUUUGGUCAAUCCUGGUCCUCCCGGCAUCUUCGGCCUCGCAGCGCCAGCGGGCGUUGCCGCCAAGAGUCCCUUUGCCUUCGGGGGCCCUCCGACUAGCGCCCCUCAAGCCUCUUCUGCCUCCGUCCUUCCGCCGUCCGCCCCGAGCCUCUCGUUCGGCAGCCUCUUGACCGCUGCGGCCACGCCGGCUGCCCUUGCGAGUAAAGGAGAAGAAGAGGCCAGAACGGCUCCCGCGGAGAAGCCACCGUCACCCGAAGGGGCCAUGCUGGCCACGGCACAGGUUGAGCCCCAGGCGUCCGUCCUGGUCCCUGAGCAGCGUCCGGCAGAAGUGCCCCACUUAGCCGGCCCCCCUGCAGAGGCAGAAGGAGGAGGGCAGCCGACGGCUCCUCCGGAAGCAGCGCCCAGCCAAGAGCUGACUCCGGCCUCGGCACCUGGCGAGCCCAAGGGGCCUGAGGGGCUCCUUCCUCCUCCGGGUCCUGCGGAAGGGCAGACCGCGGCCUCCCCGACUCCACCGGCCAUCGGUUCACCGCUCCCGGAAGCCACGGCCUCCCCACCGGCCACCGCGGCGUCUGCGCCAGCCACAGCCAACACCACCUCUGCCCUUACCGAGGCAGUCCCGACCUCGUCUGGCUUCGCACAACCCCCCGGACUGCCUGCGUCUUCCUCGCCUUCCACCGGCUCGGCUUUCAGCCAGCCCACCACCGCGGCCUUGACCCACCCUGCUGCUCCCCCCGUCUUUGGUCAGGUCUCCGCAGGAGCAGCCCCCCCGGCCCCUACGCCCUUCGGCCAACCUCCAGCAGCCACCUCUCCGUCGUCCUCGGCCGCGGCCACUGGGUUCAACCCCUCGGUUUUCGGGACUGUGGCCACCUCGGGCUUCGGCCAGUCGGGCUUCGGCCAGGCCCCUGUUUUCGGCCAGUCGGCCAACCCGUCCAGCGGCUUCACGUUCAACCAGGCCGGCUUUGGAGCCUCCCCGGCGUUCGGGCAAGCGGCUUCUUCUGCCCCCGCAGCCUCCAGCAGCGGCAGCGUCUUCGGGGCAGCGUCCAGCACCAGCACGGCCAGCUCCUUCUCCUUCGGGCAGCCCUCGACCGCCAGCGGGCUCUUCGUCCCAAGCAGCGCUCCCGUCUUCGGGCAGAGUUCCAGCUUCGGGCAGAGCGGUGCCAUCUUUGCCAGUCCGGCUUCCAUGACGACCACCACCCCGACGUCCUCCGCCGGCUUCAGCUUUUGUCAAGCUUCCGCCGUCCUCUUCCGGCGGGGGUCUCUUUGGAGCCGGUGGCGGUGGGAGAACGGGGGGCUUUUUCAGCGGCCUGGGCGGGAAACCGAGUCACGAGGCGGCCAACAAGAACCCUUUCGGCUGCCCCACCGGCGGUUUUGGCUCAUCGGCCAAUCCAAACACAUCGACUCUUUUUGGAAACAGCGGGGCCAAAAGUUUUGGCUUUGGCACCGCUUCCUUUGAGGAACAGAAGCCGAUGGGCACCUUUAGCUCCGGUGGAGGGAGUGUGGCAUCCCAAGGCUUUGGGUUCUCCAGCCCCACCAAAACAG